AUUAAAGUUACAUUACAUCUUGUUACCAAGAAAACAACAGCAAUCAGCUGCAUAUCAGCAGAGAUGAAGAAUUUGAUUUCAAUUUUUGGAUUGAUGUGCCUCACACUGAUAGCACAUGCUCAAAAAGAAAUCAAAAUUAAAAGGGAUCCAAGAAAGUUUUCAGAACCUGGAAAAACGAUUAAAUCACGAUGUCACCAUGCAAAUGAACGUUAUAUAGUUGAAAACAUACCUCCAAUAUUUCGCCUCGAGAAGGUGCUCUGUGAUUAUUACCGGUGUGAUAAUUCAUAUUAUGAGAAAACAAGGUGUCCUGAUGGAAUAGGCAUUGGAGAAGAUUUUUUGGAAACAGCUAAAGCUGGAAUUGCCCACAGUCUUAAUCCAUGUAAUUUACGUACAGAGGAAUGUGCACAGCAAAAUCCCAUACAAAGGCCAGAUCUUUCUCUCUGCGGUAUGGAUCUUAUGUUGGUGAUUGAUAUGAGCUGUUCCAUCAGUGACGCAAACAAGACAACUGUCAUAAAGUUUGUAAAUAACCUCAUUAGGAAGUUCAGACUCGGUCCACUACAUGUAAAAAUUGCAGGAGUCUCUUACGCAUCAAAAGUCAAUAAUAUUCAGACAUUUAAAGAAGGCCGAAGCAGACCACUUACAUUGAAAAACUUCGACAAAAUGGUGAGGAAUGAUAGCAGGUGUCACACUGUUACACACAAGGCACUGGAAGCUGUACGAGAUAUAUACUUCACAAAAGAAAAUGGGGACAGAGGUUCAUUCAAAAAUGUCAUGAUUGUUGCAACUGAUGGCAAUUCCUAUGAAGGGAAGAAAGUUGACAAAGAAAUGUUGUCUAACCAAACCAUUGCUUUAGGGACUGAACUUAGAGAGAGGGGAGUCAUGUCUAUGGUAAUUGCGUUGCCAAAGAGGAAAAAGGGUGCUCUUGUUGGAAUGAAUGAGUGGCUGGGAAUUGCUGGAGAUCCAAAGAAUGUAUUAUAUAUGAACUCAUUUGAGGAACUUGAAAACAAAACCCAGUUAAUAGCUGAUAAGUCAUGUGUGGUCUUGAAUGAAGCGUAAACAAGGAAGCCGAUCUCUGCCUUCCUACAACAGCUUUCGCAUAGUGGCACCUAAUCAGAAGUACAAUAUCAGACAGGGUCUAGUUUUAAAAUGAUUAAUAUAAAAUACCCAAAGAAAAUCAACCGUAUGCAUGUAUGGAAUUAAUGUUCCUUGUGAAUAUUCAUACUAAACUACUCUUUUGACUCUAUAUAAAAGAAAAUUUGACAUAUCCUAAGCAAGCACUCAACAGUUUAAUAGUAAAUGUGCUAUAUUUGAACAAUAAGAUUAGGAACGUUUGUACAUCUGGAUGAUCUAAGAACAAAGGAUGAAAAAUUAUACUAAAUGAAAAAUAGGUUCACAUAUGGUGACUGUGUCCUUCUGAAGUCAAUAAUUCUGAUAUACUGUAUAUUUUAUUUUUUAAUAAAUGACAUAUUCUAAACUAAAA